CUCCCGCUCGGUGACGUCACAACGUCCCCUCCAGGAAAGAUGGCGGCGGAGGAGAGCAGGUCGAAACGGCGGCAUCACAAAAGCAUCUUCACGGAAGGUGUCUGGGGGUUUAGAAGAUACGCGUCUGAGAUGAAGCAGGCAGAGGAGAAUGACGACGAAGACCUGCUGGAAGAGGAAGAUGAGGAGGAUGUGGGCGUGGCCAGGCCGGUGCAGAUAGUGGUGGCGGACGAGGACGAGCACUCCUUCUGGCUGCAGGAGGAGGUGCUAGAGCGGCUGCUGCUGCAGAAGGAGGUGCAGGAUCUCCAUGUGGUGGUCGUCUCUGUGGCCGGAGCCUUCCGCAAAGGAAAGUCCUUCCUGCUGGACUUCAUGCUGCGCUACAUGUACAACCAGUCAUCCCUGUCAUGGAUCGGAGGAGAGGACCAGCCUCUGACCGGGUUCACGUGGCGAGGUGGCUGUGAGAGGGAGACUACGGGCAUCCAGGCCUGGAACCAGGUGUUUGUGGUGGAGAAACCAGAUGGCUGUAAGGUUGCACUUCUCCUAAUUGACACACAGGGGGCGUUUGACAGUCAGUCAACCAUCAAAGACUGCGCCACGCUGUUCGCCCUGAGCACCAUGACGAGCUCUGUGCAGGUGUACAACUUGUCCCAGAACGUCCAGGAAGACGACCUCCAGCACCUCCAGCUCUUCACGGAGUAUGGACGACUCGCUAUGGAGGAAGUCUUCAAGAAACCUUUUCAGACGCUGAUGUUCCUGAUCAGAGACUGGAGUUACCCGUAUGAACAUCCGUACGGCCUGGAGGGCGGGCGGAGCUUCCUGGACAAACGGCUGCUGGUGAAGCAGAAUCAACAUGAAGAACUGCAGAAUGUCAGGAAACACAUCCACUCCUGCUUCUCCAAUAUCAGGUGCUUCCUGCUGCCUCACCCCGGCCUGAAGGUGGCGACCAACCCUCACUUUGACGGCCGGCUCAGAGAUAUCGACGAGGACUUCAAGAAGGAGCUCGCAAACCUCAUCCCGGCGCUCUUGUCUCCAGAGAAUCUGGUGGAAAAGGAGAUCGGAGGAGUUAAAAUCACCUGCAAAGACCUCCUUCACUACUUCAAGGCGUACAUGAAGAUCUAUCAAGGGGAGGAGCUUCCUCACCCCAAGUCCAUGCUGCAGGCAACAGCUGAAGCCAAUAACCUUGCAGCUGUAGCCGGCGCUAAAGACGCGUACAUCAAAAGUAUGGAGCAGAUCUGUGGCGGAGACCGGCCGUACCUUUCCCCAGCAGAACUGGAGCGCCACCACGCUGAACUCCGCCAGGCGUCAGUGCGACACUUCCGAACCAUCAAGAAGAUGGGCGGUGAGCACUUCUGCCACCGCUACCAGGAGCAGCUGGAGGCGGAGCUGGACGAAGCCUAUGCCAACUUCAGCAAGCACAACGCUGGCAAAAACAUAUUCUACGCCGCACGCACGCCGGCCACCCUGUUUGCCGUCAUGUUCACCAUGUACGUGGUCUCUCUGGUGACGGGCUUUGUUGGCAUCAGCUUGGUGGCCACACUGUGUAACCUGGUGAUGGGCGUGACUCUGACAGUGCUCUGCGUCUGGACCUACGCCAAGUACUCUGGGAAGUUUCGUGAGGUGGGCGGAGUCAUCGACCAGGUGGCUGAAACGCUGUGGGAGCAGGUGUUUUCCAAACUCUUCGAGGUCACUCGAAGUCAAAUCCCGCUGAGAGGCCUCCUCCUCACACCACGAUCCAGGCUGGCCUCAAACAAUAACGUCAAGAAGAAGAAGUAGCAGUGGACCUUCCUGGUUCUGCCGCCGUCACGGCGCUGACUGUUCAGACGUACGGAUCGCCUUCUGUUCCAGUCAGACUGACUGCAGGAAGCACUUUAUUCUCUAUAAAAUAG